AUGUACUAUUCUCGUGUUCCUUUGUGGCCAGCAGUAAUUGGAGACCGACAAGACUUUUCUAACUUUCCUGCUUCUUUCUGUGCUUCUCUUGCGAUCACACUCCUUCUGCCUCCAUGUAGGAGUCUUCAUAACAAUCAGCUCACUGGCUCCAUUCCUGCUGAGAUUUGUAACAUGACAAAACUAGUGUUCCUCGUGCCCUUCUGCCUCAUGUGCUUCUGCCUGUCUCAUGUGCUUCUGCCUGUCUCAUGUGCUUCUGCCUGCCUCAUGUGCUUCUGCCUGCCUCAUGUGCUUCUGCCUGCCUCAUGUGCUUCUGCCUGCCUCAUGUGCUUCUGCCUGCCUCAUGUGCUUCUGCCUGCCUCAUGUGCUUCUGUCUUCCUCAUGUGCUUCUGUCUUCCUCAUGUGCUUCUGCUGUCUCAUGUUAAGGACCGCUAA